UAGUAAUUAGGCAUUUUCUUAUCUACCAUAUCUUUAGUCAGAAACAUAUAUUAAAAUUUCUGUAGAUAAAUGAGUACGGUAAUCGACUUUUAUUUUGUAUAAAGGUGAAGAAUGGGAAAUUAUGAGAGGCACGUGGUAUUACGACGGUAGCUGGUUACCGCUGGAAAUAGAACAGUCUAAAGUCAUAGAGGAAGCUCACCUGAAUCUUUUUCAGAAGCCAGCUACUGGUCAAUCGUCUGUGUCAUGUAAUACACCGUCUCAUUCUUAUAAAGUAUUACACACGGAACAUUUUCCUGAAUUCCACGUCGACUGGCAUGGGAUAAACGAUGUGGUGCUGUACAGUGAAUAUAGACAUAGUAAAUUAAUGCGUAGCGUAACGUCCAAGUUGGGUUUCGCAAAAA